AUGUCGCUCGCAUCUGGUGUCUCCGUCCACGAUGACUGCGUUGACGCAUUCAACGAACUGCGCAUGAGCCGCAAGGUCAAGUACGUCAUCUACAAGAUCUCCGACGACAUGAAGCAGAUUGUUGUCGAAGAGAAGAGCGAGUCACCCGACUACGAGGUCUUCCGUGAGAAGCUGGCCUCCUCCCGCGACUCCAACGACAAGCCCGCUCCCCGUUACGCUACCUAUGACGUCGAGUACGACCUCGGCGGUGGUGAGGGCAAGCGAAGCAAGAUCAUCUUCAUUUCCUGGGUUCCCCAAGAGGCCCCCACUCGCGCCAAGAGAGAGUGCUUGCUAAUUAUUUCCCUUUCUCAGCAAUCCAUGGUGUACGCCAGCACCCGUGAGGUCCUCAAGAACGCCCUGAACGUUGCCAACUCCAUCCACGCCGACGACCUGUCUGAGAUCGAGUGGAGCACUAUCCUCGCCGAGGCCAGCGGUGGCAAGGCUAAAUAG